AUGGCUGGGGGAGAAGCACGGGCAGACUCUGGACCUGAACAGAACGCCUACUCGGUCCCAGGGUUGCCAUCUUUUGACUCUCCAAACGCUGCCCCCACUCACGCUUGUUUCUUUCUUUUCCACUGCUUUGGCCAGGACUUCUGGAAGACCCUGAUCGACCAAGUCCUGGAGGAGCUUCCGCAACUCCGGGAGGAAGUUUUAAGAACUUCUCAGGCUCAAGAGCAGCUCUUGCAUUUGCAGGAGUUCAGAGUAUCCGCUUCUCCAAAGCGGUGGUGCCGGGAGAUGGCAGAUCUGAGUUUGGAGGGGGUCGGCGACGUGGAGGAGGAGUGCUAUCGCAAUCUGACUAGUGGCAGUAGAGUUUUGCUUUGGUAUAGUGAUGACCAUGUUUGGCAUGAAGCCCUCAUCGGACUAGUGCUGGGUGGGGAGCAGGUGGUGAUGUAUACACCAGACAAAGACCUGUAUAUUGAGAGCAUAGGUUGCAAGGGGCUUGAAGGUCCAAUCAGAUUGAGAGGCCUCAAGCCAGACCUUGGACUGCCCAGUAGGCUCCGAGCUCCGGCUUACCGUUUCCGAGAGAUCAUCUCAGACACCUUGAUCAAGCAGGUUUUUCGUGACAGCGUGAAGUUGGCUGAAAGAGAGGUACAGCCUGCCCUGGGUGACUUUGUUUGGCUGGCAGCAGAACCUCUUGGAGGAUUGAUUCUCGGUCAGGAGGUGAGCUUGAAUAGUGAGACAGACGUGCAGGUAGGCACCAGCUGUGCCUUAGCUCUGAGAAAAGGAGUUUGGGUGAAAGUUGACAUGGUGAAGCUCUCUGAAGUUGAGGGCUAUGCAGACAGGAGGAGAGCUUUGUUUGGUGUUUCCUCAGCCGCUGGUUCUGGCGAGUGCCCACAACCUGGGAAGGGAGGUGGGGACGAUGAAGCUGGUGGAGAGACUGCAGGUUCAAAUGACGUCCGCACUCUUUGGGUAGACUUUGAUGAGCAUGGUGACCGGUACAAGAGGUGGAGGGAUGUCUGCAAGGAGAGCUACACACCGUCUUUUGACCAAACUCCCCUCGAAGGGCCAACGACUGGUCUUCACUUGAUCAAGCAUGCAGAGCGACAUGGUGGGGACCCUCGUUUGUGGAUGCAACUCUGGUGUCGCAGCAAACACAUUGAGACCACUGACAGGACUUUUCAUGAGAUGAAAGUUUUGGUGGAUGCAUUGUUUUUUGCAGGCACUUUUGACCAGGUCAACAUUCCAGCCCUCAUGUCCAUGGAGGUGGUGUGUCGCCGCAUUCAGGCGAUUGUUGAUGCUUACAGCAAUCCCAGCCGUCCUUCAUGGGAGAACGCAAAGAUUUUUGCAGGGCAAGGCACUCCAGAGGACAUUGUAUCGCCAACGUUCCGGAACUAUGCCACUCGCAAGAACAAGGAGGAGCUGGAAUUGUUGCAAGCUCGCCAAAAGGUGAGGGAGCUCAGAGGGGUGACAUUGGAGCCUUCGGAGAUGUUGCCUGAUGACCAGUACAGACAGGAGGCAAUGACACAGCCGGGUGCAGCGGCGGCCUUCAGCUUCAAGCAACGACGGCUUUUUCCUCUGCCCCUUUUUGCAUGCCCCCCACGAAAGUUGGGGACGAGUCGUUCUGUCCGCCAACGACGGGACCGAAUUUGUCGAGCCUUUGACAACUGCAACGAAGUAGUCAGAGCGCUGAAUUGGCUAGCUGGAGAGUCUGAACCACAGUCAUCAGAUUUUACAGUUAGUGCAAUGCAGCAGCAGGUUCUCUCGCGUGUGGAAGGUUUGGUUUUUAGCCAAAAGCCCAGUGGCGACGAGAUCAUGAAACCGGAGGAAGCCUUGAAAGUGCUUCUCCGUGGUGGCUCCCCCUAUGACAUGGGCGUCAUCAAUGAUGCAGUGGCCUCCUACCAAUCUGAGCUUGUCAGUGUUCCGCAGGACUGUCGAGGUUGUCCUGACCUUCGUGAUGUCUUGCCUACUGAUGACCGUCAGUACCUGGAGGAGAAUUCAGAGCUGAUGUUGCGGCCAAAGGAGGAUAGACCUGAGCAUCCUGUUCAACCUUACUGGGACCCAAAGCUGCGCUACAACCGGAAAGCGUAUCAUGGUCUUGUUAGAAAGUUGAACGAUAUUGGGUACUUCACGUACACCUUGGCACCUUUGAGCAAAGUUGGAGUGUUCUUUGUCUGGAAAUCAAACCGAACGAAGCUGCGCUUGAUUACAGACUGCAGACCAACAAAUGAGAUCUUUAGAGAAGCUCCGGGUGUUUCUUUGACAACAGCCGAAGGUUUUGGUCGGAUAGAAGUUGAGCUUGAAGAUGACUGCUGGGGGGAUUACAAACUUCUUUCAGCCGUCACAACAUAUGUUGGGCUCAGCGACGUCCGCGACUGCUUUCACCGGAUGCGAGUGCCUGCGUGGCUGAGCAGGUAUUUCGCUUGGGAAUCCGUUCCUGCUAGCGUUCUGAAUCUGGAAGGUACAACUCUUGAAGGAAAGCUAUUGGGGCCGCGUGAUGCAGUCUUCCCUUGCGCUGGCAGUCUGUGCCAGGGUUUCUCUUGGUCUUUGUAUUUCGCACAGAGGGCCAACGAAAAUGUGUGCAGAUCCGUUGACACCUUACAGCAAGCAGUUCUGACACAGGACAGAGGUGGGCCAGUUGUUUUGCGGUUGGGUAAGGAGCAAGCAGACAAUACACAUUUUUAUGUUUACGUUGACAAUCUUGGGGUGCUUGACACUGAUGCAGCUAAUGUGGAACUAGCUAUGCAAGGGCUGCAACAGCAUUUCAACUCUCUUGGCUUGGAGCUUCAUGCAAGUGAAGUGAGCUGUGGUGCAAUUGAAUCGCUGGGCUGCAUACUGGAUGGAAGCAACCUGAAAAGUGCUGUCAACCCAAAAAGACUCUGGAAGGUGCAUCAAGCUUUGACGGGCUUGCUUGGGCGUGGACGCUGCUCUGGCCAGGAGGCUUUGGAUGCUGUCACGCUUGGUGGCCGAAGACAGUGGUCGCCAAGGUUGAAGGAGAAGAAGGUGAAGGGUUUGACACUGCCCCUCACCGAAUCAGCCUUGCAGAAACUGUCAAGUCUGGAACCUCGCCGGCAACGAGAAGACAAGGAGGAGCUCGAGACAGAGACUUCGAGCACUAUGUCAGAGCUCAAGGAAGAGCCAAAAGGAAAGAAGAAGCGUUCUUUAGAAAAGCGGCCAAGAAAGCCGCUGCAGCACUUGGUGGAUGCCCAACUUGGAACCGGAAUGAGUUUUUUGGAAGCGGCGGCAAUCACCAAGAGAGUCAGAGAGAGAUACAACAGAAGCCUGUCAGCUCUCAUGACCUUUCUGCAGUCGAACGGCUUCAACUUUUCAGUGGAUCAGCAGGUGGAUACAGGCCUGGUGAAAUACUUCGAGAUGAAGUUCACGGAAGGAGAAGGAAGUCAUGUGGGAGACUAUGCUUUGGCGGCGCUCUUGGAUCGCCACCCGGAGUUUGGAAAGAAUGGCUUCCGCAAGAUCCCUCAUGCAUGGAGAGCUCUGAAAGGUUGGAGGAAACUAUGCCCAUCGAGGUCUCGAUUGGCAUACCCUCUGCCCUUGUGGUGCGGCAUCGCAUGGAGAAUGAUUGCUCGUGGACACCUGCAGAAGGGAGUGUUCAACCUCCUGCAACUGUCUACGUACCACAGGCCCAGCACCCUCUUGAAGUUGAAGAAGAUGGGACUCGUGCCUCCGACGUCUGGAGUCACGGGAACAUGGAGCAUCCUCACUUCGUUGACAGAGACUUCAGACAUAUCAAAGACUGGGACGAAAGACGAUGCGGUGCUUCUGGAUUCACCUUUUCUGGACUUCAUAGAGCCGGUGCUGCGACGUCUAGCCAAGGGACCUCCUUUGGCUCCUGUCUGGACUUUCACGUACCCGGAAUACCUGGAAGUGUUCAAUCAAUGCGCCAAGGACUUGAAGGUCGAAGUUGUUCCGUACCAAGCCAGACAUUCGGGACCAAGCAUAGACUAUGCUGCGAAACUGAGGACUCUCGAGGAGAUUCGCAAGCGCGGAAACUGGGCAAGCCGGAAGAGUGUGACUCGGUACGAGAAGGGAGGGAGGAGCUACAUGCAUCGCUUCUUCCGAUCCUUUGAGCUCUGCAGCUUGGCCGUUCCCACCGCUCCGGAGCUCUCCUUUGUGUCUGCUUUGGUCACCCGUCAGGAGCAGCUGGCUCACUUGCCCCUUCUGGGGCAGAUUGUCGUGAUUCAGAACUGGAUCUCCGACCGCCUUCAUGGGAUCGUGCCCGAAUCUUGCUUGGAUCAGCCUUUGGUAAAGCUUGUGAAACAGAAGCAGAAGGACGCGGAGGAAGAGCGCCACUGUAAAAGAGUCCUCUGCCACUUCGAGAGUUUUGUGAAGAGCUGGAAGCGAUUCUAUAGGGAGAACGAGGGCAGACUUCCGGUGGAAUGUCAAGCUGGCCGAGCUGCGCUGGGUAUGGAAACGCAAGACUCAUUGCUCGAGGCCAUUGAUGAUGAAGAUGAUGGGACAAAGCUGCCCUUGCGCUUCUUCGUGAAUGGAGAUGAGAAGUGUCAGUCACAGGUUGUGGCCGAGUAUCUUUGCAGCUUGUGGAAUGAGAUGAUUGCAGCUGCUGCCGCCGUGCUCCGAGAGAGUGGCGGAAACUGUGAGCUCUGGGCCGGACGAAUGGAGAGGUCGAUCCCUCUGGGACUGGCUGACCUUCUCUUCCAAGACCAAAUCACCGAAGCCCUCAAGUCCAACGCCUUUCUCCGGCGCAGCAUCCUCCGGCACCUGCGCGGGGCGCGGGGCGUGAUCGCACCUUUGGUCGACUGGACCGCCGUGCAACAGGAGAUCUUGAGCUCUGCCUGGGUGCAUCGUGUGCAGAAGUUGGACCUUCCGCCCUUCUCUCGGUUUUGGCCUCGACCUGAGACGAAGGCUGUCUCCUUUGAUAGCACGGCGCCGCUGGAUGCAGAGGUCGAGGAGAGGGUCAUGGAGUUUCUGGCGCAACUGCCCCUAGUGGAGCUUCAGUCCUGCAGAGAAGAGAUCGCUCGAAUCAGUUUGCAUGUGGGUGACGCCGAUCCACGGAAGUUGGUUCUGGAGAUGGAGGAGAUCAGCCAGCUGAGAGCAGUACUGCCUGAGCAGGUCACUGCCUUGCUUCGUGGCAUUCGGGUCGGGGCGCUGAACGGGCUUAGAGAAAUCCUUGACCAGGAGAACGGGGAGUUCAGCCACCUGUCCAAAGUCUUCAUGGCAGCUCCACCCACUGAGAUUGACCUCACUGCGUCGCUGGCGCGUCACUUCCGGAUCCGGACAGAGGCCACCCGCACGGUGCAUGAGCUGGCAGGCAGGGAUGCCGACCUGCGGGAGACGAUCACCAACCUGGAGGAGAGCGGCUUUUGUGCCCAUUUGCUGACUUCUCCCAACACUCCAUUGCUGGAGGUCUACCAGGCAGUGUUUCAAUGCGAGGGUGUUCUCAGCCAAUUGCCCUGUCAGAUUUUGGGUUGUCACUUGGUGGCGGUGCUUCAAUCCCUGCGGGUCUUGCUCCGUAAAGUGCGAGCCCGGAAGUGCGCGUUGGACCGCUGCACCUGCUGGAACCCUCGGGAAGGGAUCCAAGCGCUGUCCAGUUGGGCAGAAGAUGAAUCCAGAGGUCCUUGGUGGGAAGACCCCGCAGGAUCAGAAGAGGUGACCAAUGCGGCUGAAGACGUAGCUAUAGUGACCCUAGCCCCAGAGACCAUGCUGCCAUGGGUGUGCUGGGCAUGUGGGACAGAAGAGAUUCCAAGUCACUUGGUACAUGCACUGGACCCACAGCUACGACACGUUCUGGAACAUUGCGGCUUGAAAGUGGAAGAGAAAGCUAGGCCACCAGGAGAUCCUCUUGAAGCAGAGAGGAAGCUGAGCAAGCUGUUGGAUCUCUUUGAGAAGCAGGUGAACGAGUUCGGAACGGUUAAGAACUCCAGUUGGCAGAGCUCCCUCUCGGUGAAGGUGGCUCACUUGAGGACUCUGCUGGACUACAAGGAAUGCUGUCGAGAAAAGCUGGAUGAAGAGCUCUGGCGUCUUGCAUCCUCAAGACUUGGACUUCAGGGCGGCUUCUUGGAGACUUCAACAACUCAUUGGGUCAUGCUAGGUGCAGGGCGAAACAAACGGCAAAAAGGCAGACCAAGAGCAAACAAACACGAAUUCAUUGGAGUGCUCAAGGCUUUUGGCAUCCAUCCAGACCAGUUCUUCUUCCAGAAACGACUCGGAAGUGAUCGCUUCACUGCGAAACGACUCUGUUCAAGAGCUCAUCUGCCAUGA